CCCGAUCUUGUCCCACUCCAAGAAUACUUCCCAUGGGAAAGUCUCUGAGCAGCGUCCCUUAGCUGUUUAAAACUUUUCAAUGGUGCCUGCUGUUUCUGAGGGACCCUGUGCACACCUGGCGCCUCGACUCCCUUUUGGUGUUUCGAUGUUUGUUUGCAUUAAUCCACACUAGACUGAGAGCGGACUACAUUUCCCAGAUGCCUUUGCUGCAUCAAACCAGGAAGAGGAUGCACGCGGACGGCUUGGUUGGAGAAAGCGAUUGAUCCGAAGGCGCCUCUUUGUCUUUGCGUAAGUUGUGCUAGUGGGGUAACAAUCGGGGGUGCAAAAGGUAGGAUCUUUUUAGGUAAGUCCAGGAGAGAGAGAGCUGAUUUCCACAUAAAGGGGAUUUAAUGGCUUAGCACGCUGCGGGAGAGCUAUCGGGAUCUAACUCACUCUGCGUUUCAUGGCGCUUCCUGCAAUUUAUUUGCAGCAAGGCUCAGUCCUGCCAUCUGUUUUCAUUGCUAGGGAAUUUUCCUUGCACGUUGUGGCAUCGAGAAAGAACUUGUUUUAAAAUAAGAGCAGGGUGAUUUUCCUUAACUGCUUGCUUUAAAUAAGAAGAAUGCAAAAAUAAAUAUACUCUCGCUUCUCCGAGUUUUUCCACAUUCACCACUCAUAUUUUUAUUUUUACACAUUUUCUCAGGUUACAAUAAAGUAUAUUGGGUUCACAGUUUCACCCACUGAUGCAAUUGUUUUGAUUUUUGGCCUACGAAGAAAUAGAUCAUACAAUUAAGAUCCCUCAAAAAUAGAAGCUGAAGACAUUGGAAUAGCCCUGUGAGAUUGCAUGACGUAGGUUGCCGUUUGCUACAAUUGCUGCCUUUUUUCCUUGAUUUUUAAAUCCCUGUUUACUGCAGGUUUCUCUUCUGUUGUGUCAGCACCAUCACUAAAAAAAAAAUUGUAAAGAUUCCCUGUGUCAGCCAUGAUAAAAGACAAAGAAGCAUUUCAGAGGCUCAGCUUCCUCUACCAGGUAAGGGAGAGUGUUCCUUGUACACCAGUCGUAUUUGCUAGCUACCACGUUGUUCACAAAAUACUGUACUUGCAGAAUCCUCAUCCGUUCUCUGGCACAACUGAAAGCCUCUACCCUAAACUGGCUUUCUUGUGCUUUUGGCUUCGCUUUUAUGAUUUUCCCGCCUGCCUCUAUACCUGCCUUUUGCAUCACUGGCGGAGGAAGAGGCGUGCAAGGGGAGCACACUGCCCCCGGCAGCGCGAUCUCAGCGGGGUGCCAUUGCGGCUGGGCCCCCGCCCCGGCCUGCACUGGCCGCCACGCCCCUAUGGGCGACACCACACCCCCAGGAUGCAUGCCACACCCCUACGGGCAGCACACCACGCUCCCAGGACACACACCAGCCCUGCCCCCCCCCCCCGGUGCCGGAGAAUGAAGCUCCACCACUGUUUUGCAUGUGUGUCUGGCUCUGUACUUAAAAAACAACACCCCGUUUUGCAGCACUUGCAAAGGCAGAGCGAUGUAUAAAUGGCAUAAAGUGUUCAGUAUUCCGUCUGAUCAGAUGCAUGGUUAUCCUCAGCUGGCAAGUAAUAGAUGCAGUGCAUGCAAGUGGUGGUGGGAACUGUGAGCGGAGUUUAUAUAAUAACAAAAUGCAAACAGACUCCCUGGAAAAGACCCUGUUGUUGGGAAAGAUGGAGGGCACAAGGAGAAGAGGACGACAGAGGACGAGAUGGUUGGACAGUGUUACAGUGUUCUCGAAGCUACCAGCAUGAGUUUGACCAAACUGCGGGAGGCAGUGGAAGACAGGAGUGCCUGGCAUGCUCUGGUCCAUGGGGUCACGAAGAGUCGGACACGACUAAACGACUAAACAACAACAAACAGUGUAGUUUGCAAUGAUUCAGUUAAUUCUCAAAUGUAUGCCAGACAAGCGCAAUGCCCAUCAAUAACCGCUGCAGUCGGUGAAAAUAGCACUAUAGUUUUCACAUAGCUAAGUAAAUUAAAACCUGGAGUGGGACAAACUGCCUAACUAUUUUAUCCUUCUGCCACUGUAAGCUCUGGUCCAUAGAAGCUUAUGCUAUGGUAUGUUUGGCCUAUAAACCGCUGCAGGACUGUGUUGUUUUUUCCAUAAGAGACUUAAUAAGUUAUGGGUGCUGCCACUGGCAAGGAUAUGUUGUGCAGGACAACUGUGCAUUUAUGGAAUCUGCAUGGUUUCUUGGUGGGGUGGGAGGUGAUGCCGAGGAUGUUCAACUUACUUCCAUUCCCCCGCAACAGGCUGCGCAUUGUGUCCUUCGGCAGAACCCAGAGAACCAGGAACUGGCUCGCUUUUAUUGCCACACGCAGAACAGCAUCAGCCGGCGGCUCGUGUUAAGACAGUGAGUGCCAGGACAGUGGUUAGGGGACCCAGAUGCCCAUGAACCCCAGCCACUGACAUUCACAGGCAUCCUUCAUCUGAUACAGGGACGCGGGUGGCGCUGUGGUCUAAACCACUGAGCCUCUUGGGCUUGCCAAUCAGAAGGUCAGCAAUUCGAAUCCCCACGAUGGGGUGAGCUCCCGUUGCUCCGUCCCAGCUCCUGCCAACCUAGCAGUUCAAAAGCACACCAGUGCAAGCAGAUAAAUAGGUACUGCUGUGGUGGGAAGGUAAACAGCAUUUCUGGGUGCUCUGGUUUCCGUCACGGUGUCCUGUUGCACCAGAAGUGGUUUAGUCAUACUGGCCACACGACCCGGAAAGCUGUCUGCGGACAAAUGCUGGCUCCCUCAGCCUGAAAGCGAGAUGAGCGCCGCAACCCCAUAGUAGCCUUUGACUGGACUUUACCACCCAGGGGUCCUUUACCUUUACUCAGUUGUCCGACACGACAUUUGCUACUUAACCUUCAUUUCCCUUUGUCUUGCAGGGAUCCAUCUGUGAAAAGAACCAUCUGCAAAUCUUGCUUCUCGCCUCUCGUCCCUGGAGUUAGCUCCACUGUGCGCCAGAGAAGUGAGUGGCCCUAUCUCUUCCUCCUCCUCCUCUUCUGUGGGCUCUGUGCCCUGGAGAGGCCCCUGGGUCUGGUGCAGAGGUUCCCCUCUUCACAAACAAAGCCGAGAGUGGGCUGCACCAAGUUGGGAAGGCAGGAAGGACAAAACAAGGGAGUGUCUUUCCCCUUGAAAGAUGUACGGGUGGCACUGUCUACAAACUAAAUUACCCUGAGCAUUCCCCCAGAAUGGUGGCGAACCAGUUCACACAUUCCUAUUUGAAAGUGUAGUGUGGCCUGCCCCUGGGAAUGUGGGUCAUAUGCUGCAUAGGGGCUAGGUGCCCAUGUCUUUGGAUGGCCAGGCAAAAGCACCCGAGGGGGUGUGGCAGCAGGGUUGGUAAGGGGCGGGGCCAGAUGGAGAUUCGUGGAGGGCCACAUUCAGCCCCCAAGACUUGGGUUCCCUAUAGCUGCUCUACAGGGAACCAGUGGCCCUCCAGAUGUGGCUGAGGUCCAUCUUCCAUUAUCCCUGUCCAUUGGCCAUGUCAACUGGGACUGGUGGGAUUCAACAACAUCUGCAGGGUUCCUCAUCCCUUCUAUGUUGGGAUCUUCCUUAGAGACCACUGGAGAAUUAAUAUUUCUUCGUAACUUCCCAUUAUGUACAGAUUAUUAGAUUGAGAGAUGGAUUAUUGUGGUUGUGAGCGCAGAAACAAGUGAGGCUGGGCAAAGAAAAAGUGAGGGAACUGCUAAUGUAGUUGAAAGUUUGGGAGGAAAGCUGGAAAUAUCAGGGCAGGGAAGCAGUCUGACCCACUGUUUUCCAGGCUUCCCUGACUCAUUUGCUCCUCGCCUCUCUCACCAGAGCGCCGUCAUCAGCGGUGGACCAUUGUGCGUUGUCUCACCUGUGGCCGCACCAAGCGUUUCCUCAGCAACCCUGACUACAAGUUGUGGUCGGAGCAACCUGAGGCGUUGCUGGAGAAGCAGACGCCCCCUAGUGAAGGAGCAAAAGGUGAGCGAAGAAGUUAAGUGUUUUAAUAUAAUCAAUGCUGUUGUUGUUGUUUUUGUUGUUGUUGUUAUCAUCAUAUUAUAAACAUAUAUAUAUAUAUAUAUAUAUAUAUAUAUAUAUAUAUAUAUAUCCCUCCCCUUCAAGCUGAAGAUUUCCAGGGUGGAAAUCUUUCCCAGCUGAUCUUAAGCCAGUGCCUAAGCCCCAAUGCCUUCUCAUAAUUCUCUUGAAUAAAGGGCUUGAGUUGUUGGGAAAAUAUGAUAGGGAAACAUUUAGAAAGUUUCCAUACAAAGGGAAGGAAUUUUGCACAGGCAAAGAGGGGUCAAUUGUUGCAGUGGCGGCCAUUUUAAGGGUCUUGGUAAAGUUGAAGGGGAGUAAAGAUGUGGGCAGCAAAGGUUUGGAGGCCCAAACUAGGUGUGGAGAACGUAGCUGUGGAAAACAUUUUUAGGAAGAAGCUUCAACGGAAUCACCUUGGGCUGUUUUUCUUUCCUUGUGUCCAGCUUCAGGCCAGACCCCCAGCUCAGUGCAACAGCCCCACAAGGCCUCCGGAGCAGAAAAGGCAACACCACCUGCAAGUUCUGGACCUCACAGCCGUGCCUCUGAGGAGACGACAGCAGGCACCAAAUCUAAAGGGAAGAAGGGGCAACAAACUCUUCCCAGUCAGGCAGGCAACUGUGGCUUGGUAGCAAACGCAUAAGCCCCAAGUCGGGGCAGAAGAGUCAAAUGUGCUUAAUACGAUUCUUGGCUGUGGAGAAAGGACCCUGGAUUGUUUGGAAACUGAAACCUAACUGGCUAACCCGUGGGACUUGAAUGGCUGAGGUGAUUUGAGUUGAGUGAUAACGGCCCUCUUUUAUAGCGCAACUAGCUUUGAGGCACCCACAAGAGAGGGGCUGGAGCCCAUAGCGGCCUAGUGAAUACCACGGCCUGCAAUUCUUUUCUCCCGCCAUCUCCAUAGCUUGAGCUUCAUUUUCCACCUGGAGGGGUGUCUCCACUUAGGAGCUGUUGGAGACCAGGAGAUUUUGUUGAACUCCUUCCUAAUGGAACUUGAGGUGAAGCGAUGAUGGGGAAAUAGCUUCCCAUCCAGUCUCAUGUACUAGGCUAUGUAAAAACUUGGAAAUAAAAUUUUGUUUCAACAGGA